AUGCUUUCACACAAAGAGCCAUCCAUUUCAUCGACACCUGCUGCUUCUAGCGGACAGAGAUCAAUAUCGCCUUGUAACGUGCUGCACAUAGCGUCGGAUGAAAAUCGGUCAAUCAAUGCAGCACGUCGACCACGGAACCGGCGGGCCUGUGAUGCUUGUAGAACCAAGCGUCUCAGAUGCGAGUAUGAUGCGCAACGAGAGGUCUGUCAGCGAUGUUCAAGGCUUUCCAUCGAGUGCCAAAUGCUUCGACCUGCGCCGGCAGAUCAACGACUACGGGCCAAGAGAGUCAGGCGAAGGGGCGCUACGUCGAGACGUGUGAGCGAGUCUGCAUCGCUUUCCGAUGAAACGGAUAGUGAGAUUGCCUCGCAAUCACAAGGAUUAGAACCCAGGUAUCUCGGCUCUACCUCCCUGAGCGGGCUUGCCGCGCUCGCUUUAGAACUCUUUCCGCCUUCUACAAGGCCAAACCUCAACGAGCUGGACGAUCAAUACUCACAUUUCCGCAUUACCAUGUGCUCGGGCGAAGAGGCGGUUUUGAUUGGUCGAGGAGCAUCAGCUGCUACAAAGCGAAGACCAACGGCAGGAUCCAGAACGCGAGGAAAUGAAGACGCUCAUUUUGACGGAUUCGGCGAAAGCAUUGCAGGAUCUGUGGAAAGUGAAGCCGUUUUACUGUCACACUUGCCGUAUGCACCUUGGCAGCCCUCUCCCGUCAGUCUGGGCAACGUUCAAGUCCUACUGCUAUUAUCUCUCAGCGCUGAAAUGCACUACGGCUCGAAUGAUUCGAGCGGCGGUCUAAGCUGGCUUAGGGUGGGGAUGGGCAUCAGAAUGGCGCAAGACAUCGGUCUUCACCGAGAAAUCACUUCGCAAUCAAUCCCUUCGCAACAGCUCAAUAGGAGACGGAGAGUCUGGGCUGCGUGCGUUAUAGCAGACAGAUGGUAUGCGAUUUCAUUUGGAAGGCCAAUGGCGAUCAAUCUUCUUGAUUCCGAUACGCUAGAACCCUCAAUGUACGGGGACAAUGCUAGAAAAGAUGGUACAUCUCGGGAUACUCCUUUUCAAGUUCACACGGAACUAGCAAAGCUGAGCAUACUGCUGGGACGAGUCAUACGAUAUGCAUAUAGCCCCUUCGGUAUGGAUUUAUGUACAGAUGAUCAACUACAUGACAUCACGGACGACUUGCAAAAUUGGCGGUCAGGCCUUGCCCCGUCAUUGGAACUGGGAUCGACUCGGGAAAGCUCUCAUGCUGGCUUAGUCAACCUGCUGGCAACAUGCGUGGAACUUCGCGCGUUUCUUCGUCCAAUCAAGCCGAUACCGGUCACGGUGAUUUAUCGACCAACUCGCGCACAAUGGGACAAUGUAGUGGCCAGGUCAGGCCAAGCAAUAUCAUGGGCCGCCCGAGAGGGAGCUUAUUAUCUAGAUACUUGGUUUCCAGUCAUGUAUUCAUUAACAUGGUGUUUUAUCGUUCAGCUACAUGCUUACGUCGAAACAAAAAAUGAAGCGACGUUGCUGCUCAUUCAGACAAAGGUUGUAGCACUCGUCUCGAUACUUUCGUCUGCCGCCGCGCGGCUUUCUGAAGCACCCGAAGAACAGGCAUUUCAUGUUUUCGGUUCAGAGUCCUCUUCUAUCUCUGACACCGAAGAUGCAGCUCAGCUUUUGCCACCUUACGCAUGCGAUUCCAGCUUGCAAUUUUCAAACAACGAUUUCAGCUCCUUGUCACAGCUUUUACCUGCGUUCGAUGAAGAUAUGUCUGUGCUCAACCAGUUCUUUUUCGGUUCUCAGAAUGAUUGGUCAUAUCGCGGGGACACGGAGUCGUUGGGGGAAGAUAUUUUGCCAGGUGGUCAAUAG